AUGCUCCACGAUCCCUCGCCAUUGAGCGCAAGGUCGUACUCCCACGAUACUGGUAUCGAACCAGGCAUUGACGAAGAAUCUACGACUCCGACAAGUGCAAACCCAUUUCGUAAGAGCCGUCAUGGAAGCGUUUCCGGGGAAAUGAUUAAGGGCAAAAUCAGACGUGCAUCCCUAUCCAUAAAGGGUAUCGUUCGUCGCGAACGCAGAGUCUCGGAAUCAGCUGCGGCGAGCCACGAAACGCGUCCUACCACUUCGCACUCGACUUGGCAUAAAUUGAGGCAAGCUACCAGUUUCCGACACUCGCGUACUUCAUAUGGCGGUCCUGGCACCCUAGAGACUAUCUAUUCCCCUCUUCAAGCCGACUUUCCUAAUCGUCCUGUUCCUGGAAAUGGCCUCGAACCCCCCAUCAUUCCAUGGCAUACCGGUGCAGCAGCCAAGGCGGCAGCAGCUCUGCAAAACGAGUCUCUCGGUCACGCUCGAUAUUACCAAGAAUUGGUUUCCCUCGCCGAGUCGCAAAAUGACCGCGAAAGCGGCAUUGGAAUUACCUUCACUACGUCUAUGUCUCAACUUAAUAUACAAAUCGAGGAGAGCGCGCCCAUAAUUAGAAAGGAUUUCGUAGCUCAGCUUCCCCCGGAAUUAGCUGUGCAAAUUUUGUCUCAUUUAGAUGCUGCCCAGCUGGCAGUCGCAAGCAGAGUUUCUAAGCUUUGGCAUAAGAUGGCACAGGAUCAGCAUAUCUGGCGACAGUCCUUCCUUAGAGAAAAGACGGGCACAUACGCCACUGGUCGCCCUGUCCAACCUGGAUCUGGCUUUGGUGUGCCCUCGCUUCGCUCCCAGAGAGAUUGGCAGAAGAUAUACAAAGCACGAGAAGAGUUAGAUGGGCGGUGGAAAUUAGGAAAGCAAGCACGUGCGGUCUUUUUGAAUGGGCAUACAGACAGUGUUUAUUGCCAGCAAUUCGAUGAGAAUAAGAUCAUUACCGGUUCUCGGGACAAGACAAUUCGAAUUUGGGACAUGCAUACCCUCCAAUGUCGUCUUAUAAUUGGGCCGCCGGAAGUUGUAAACGACUCAUCACUUCUGUUCGACCCAGCCGGUCACCCCACACAUUACGCGCUUUUCCCCAGCAAUGAGCGGAUAAGCCCAUCGGUUCCCGUCACAGUCUCAUUCCCGAUUCAUCACAGCGCCUCUAUUCUAUGUCUCCAAUAUGACGACGAGAUACUGGUUACAGGCUCUUCGGAUUCGACUUGCAUUGUUUACAACGUGCGCUCAGGAUACAGACCAGUUCGACGUCUCAAGUUUCAUACCGCCGCUGUUCUCGAUCUGGCAUUCGAUGAUAAAUACAUCGUGACGUGCUCUAAGGAUUGUACUAUAGCUGUUUGGGACCGAGCCACGUUCUCACUGAUUAAACAACUCAAUGGCCACACUGGACCCGUUAAUGCGGUACAACUGCGUGGGAACACUUUGGUAUCCUGCUCUGGAGAUUUCACCGUGAAGCUCUGGAAUAUCGACAGCGGUAAGGUAAUCCGCGAACUUACCGGCCACACUAAGGGUCUUGCCUGUAGCCAGUUCUCCGAGGACGGUCGCUUUGUUGCAUCUGCGGGGAGCGAUAAAGUUAUUCGUAUCUGGGACGCCAACACCGGUGAAUGCCUUCAAGAAAUACAGGCCCACCAGAGUCUUGUGCGCAGCUUGCAUAUUGACAGCAUUAGCGGACGUCUUAUCAGCGGUAGCUACGAUACCGAUAUCAAAGUUUUCGACAUGGAAACGGGCCAACAACAGUUAGACUUCCCAGGUUGGCAUGCUAGUUGGGUGCUCAGUGCAAAGUCCGAUUACAGGCGUAUCGUCAGCACUGGGCAGGACGCUAAGAUCCUGAUCAUGGAUUUCGGUGCUGAUGUACCGGACAUUAAGAUGCUCGAAAGCUCUCGCAGGCCUGAAGAAGCAUGUGAUAUUUGCGAGGCGGGUUUCAUAUAA